AUGGGAGCCUUUUACGAUACGAUUCCGAACGAUACGCUCAUGGACUGGAUCCGCCAGCAAAAGCUCUUCGUCUCGAGCUCGCCCCUGUCCUCGGAUGCGCACGUCAACUGUUCGCCCAAAGGCCACGACGCCCUCUUCACCCUCGUCGACGACAAGAGCGCCUACUAUGUCGACUUGACCGGAAGCGGGAACGAGACCAUCAGCUGUUUGUACGAAGAAGGCAACGGCAGGAUCACAAUCAGUUAGUAGUCCGCCCGUCUCGGAGUUGGCCGGCUCGGGCUUGGCCUCGGGCUCGAGGUUCGAAUCACGUGUUAGGGGCAGGCUAGCCAGAAAGGCCCUAGGCUGAAGAUGAACGCCGUUAUGCAUCUUUCAACAGUGUUUGUUGCCUUUGAGGGUCCGCCCAGGAUCGUUCGACUGUUCGGCAAGGGCAAGGUUUUCGAACGAGGCUCGCCCGAAUUUGAAAACUAUUUGCCUCCUGGGUGAGUGCUUGAGGCCUACCGCCUCGAAGGAAGAAUAUUCUAGUGAACAAGCGAUGUCAAUGUCCGACCGGGUCUAAUUACAUUAUGCUAAUUUUAUCGGCACCGUCUGGAACGGCCGACAGAGAUCCGAGACGAUACCCAGGAACCCGAGCCAUCAUCUGGAUCGACAUUCACAAAGUUGGCACCUCGUGCGGCUACUCGGUACCUUUCUUCGAAUACAAGAAGGAGAGGUAUGUUCGAAGCCACGCAAUCCAGCGUCAUAGCUCGCUCAGGACCAUCGAAGUAACAAGCAAAAACCCGUCUCGAUGCUCGGCUUUCAUUGUGCUCUCGCAGGAACACUCUUCUCAACUUCAUGGACAACCAAGAGAAGAAAGAAGGUGGCAUGAAGCCGUACUGGAAUCUCAAGAACCUGAGCUCGGUCGACGGUCUCCCCGGUCCCAAAGUCGCCGAGCCGGAUGCGCCCGAACCGGGAGAGAAGUUCACGUUGGAAGGAUCGGGAGGAGGGAAUAACGCCAGCACCAAGACGGGCAAGAUGAGCGAGGGCGGCGAUGUCGUUCAAGAUUUGAUGGCACGGUCGGCCAUGCUCUUGUUCGGACUUUUCUUCGCCGGUUGGUUGCUUGGGUUGAGGAUAACCUUUGAUGAAGGAGUUGCUAGGGAAGCGAGGCAACGUGUGUGGGGUACUCUGGCCAUUUGA